GGAGAGAGAAUAAUCGUUGUGUGCGCAAGCAUCAGUGUGUCUUUGUCGAGGUGCUUAAGCAUUAAGUGUUGUUUUGGAAAAGAGCUUCACGGAACCGGGGUCCAAUUCCACAAGUGAACGAGCGUGUUAAUGGAUUUGAUCACUUUAUCGUGACAGCUCCCGGCCGCCUCUUUCCGCGCUUUUUUUCAUUUUUGCAGCAGCAGAAGCAUCACACCUCCGCGGCUCUCACCUCCGCAGACAUGGGCACCGUCCUCUCCAUAUCCCCCGCCACUAAAAAGGCGAUGGACGCCGACAUUACGGGUGACAGCACCGUUAACGACAAAAGCCUCAAACGGCCUUCCAUGUUUGUGUCUCUUUCUUGGAAGAAGCUGGUCGCCAGCUCGGCUAAGAAGAGCGUCAAGAAGGUGACCCCGAACCCGCUGCCGAGCCGUGAGCUGCCACCCAGUCAGGUGGCUCAGCUCAACAGCGAAAACCUCCGAAAAACGCUUCAAACGGAAGAACGGAAACAGCGAGCCCCAAUCCCGGUUCCGGUACCCACGGUGCCAACGAACAAAGACACCCAAAGCAAAAAUACGUCCUCGGUGCAGAAGCAAGACAGCAGCCCCUCUCUGGUGUCCCCCAGGCGGAUAGUGAUCCAGGCGUCCACCGGGGAGCUGCUCCGGUGUUUGGGAGACUUCGUGUGCCGCAGGUGUUACAAACUGAAGGAGUUAAACAGCGGGAAUGUGAUCCUCUGGUUUCGGAACAUUGAUCGGACUCUUUUGCUGCAAGGCUGGCAGGACCAAGGCUUCAUCACGCCGGCCAACGUGGUGUUCGUGUACCUGCUGUGCGAGGCCACCAUCGAGGAUGACGUCGACAACCCCGCCGAGCUGCAGGGCACCUUCCAGACCUGCUUGUACCUGGCCUACUCCUACAUGGGCAACGAGAUCUCCUACCCCCUCAAGCCCUUCAUGAUCGAGUCCAACAAGGACGUAUUCUGGGAGACCGCCCUGAGCAUCAUCAACAGGCUGAGUGGCAAAAUGCUGCAGUUGAAUGCAGACCCGCACUUUUUCACCGAGGUCUUCCAGGACCUUAAAAGCCAGCGGAAUAGCAGCGAGGCUAGCCUGGACCGCUGACAUGGAAGCUGGACCACACAUGGUCGACACGUCUGUCAUGUGAUCAGCAAAAAAAAAAAUCACUUAUUGACGGCUUUGAAUGUAAAAGGCCCAUCUGAAGGCAGAGUAUAUCCGAUGCUAUCACACAGCGUUGUGUUUAGAAUACAGGAGAUUUGACUACUAAUGCAUGUCAUCAGUGGUGUAUUGUCCUCUUUUUGUGUUCCAGCUCUAUGAAUUCAUGAUUUAGCCCAGGUACUGUAUGGCUCAGAGCGUGCAUGUGGACCAAAAUAGAAUUAUUUAUGGAGCUGUCCAAGGUGCUGACCUGUGUCGUGUUGUAUCCACAACAGCUAUUCAUAGGUCCACCCAACACACUCCUAGAACAUGAACCCAAUCCCAGUAAGUAGAGCUGAACUGUAUUGCCCAGUGUAUUUAUAAAAUUAUUUUCAGGCGGCUGUUCACUCAUGCCCAAUAUCCAUUAGGAGGACAAUACACCCUCUUUCAAUAUUACAAUAGAAUCUUCAAACUAUAAAAUGUUUUUAAAAAAUUGACAGUACUGCAUGGCUAUUUCCAUACAUGGUAGAACUUUGAAUAAUGUGAGUAAAAAGUAAGUUGAUGAUGUAAUCCAGGGGUGUCCAAAGUGUGGCCUGGGGCAUUAUUCUUAAAGAUUAUUUUAAAAGAAAGUUGAAAUAUUUGGAAAAUGUAAAAAAAACAACAACUCAACAACAACAACAUCGGAGCAAAACACCAAACUUGCACAAAGUAAUAAAUCACAAAGCUGAGAUGCAUUUUUUUCUUGAAGCAUACAGUAUAUAGCUUCUCAGCAUAUCUACACGUGUUGGUUUUCAAAAUAUCAAACUGGCCCUUAAAUCCUUUGAUUUUGCAGUAUGUGGCCCUCUGUGGAAAGUUUGGACACCCCUGAUCUGUAACCGCUGUAAUCCAAACUAAAUGAGUGGUGAUGACAGGGUUAUCACCGAUGUCAAGGUCUGUUGUUUAUAUUGCGCUACGAUAUACUGCAGCGGCCAUAUUGACUAUGUCGUUUGAGAGGAAUGUUUGUUUUUUUU